AUGGACCUGGACCUGGAGAGCAGGCUGUCCAAGCUCCGCGCGGAGGCGGACUCGUCCUGCUGGGCGGGGCCAAGGGAGAGCACCCCCGACCCCUCGGCCGCCGACGCCUCGGUGUACCUGGAGGGCGAGGCGGCCGCCGCCGCGGCGGCCGCCUCGCCCAAGGCGAGCCCCAGGACCUCCCCGAGCGCUCCGCGGGGCGGGCCCGCGGACCUCGAGGGCGCGCUGUCGAGGCAGCGCGCCACCGGCGAGGAGACGUGGGAGAGCGCGCCGCUGCCGUCCGCCGCGGACGCUUCGGUGUACCUUGCCGCACGCGCUUCUUUGCGGGAUGGGGAGACGCUGGAGUGGGAGAGCCGCCCGGCGGCCUCCCGCGCCGACGCCAGCGCCGUGCCGCUGGGGGCCGCGCUCGCCGCCCGCGCGUCGCCGCCGGAGCUCCUCGUCCUGGAGACCCCAGAGGAGCUGCAGAAGCUCCUCUCCGGGAAGCGCGUGCUCCACGUCAAGGGCUUCGGCAGCGGCUUCGGUGACCCCCCCGAGGGGCAGAAGGACGUGCAGCAUCGGCAGGAGGAGGUUGCUGUCCAGGCUAUAACGCAGUUCCGCCCAGACUACCUGGUGGUCGACGGCGAUCCCUGGGGCAAAGGCUUUCAGCGCUACGUCAAGGCUUACGCGGACCGGCAGGCCGAAGUCGGGCUGGCGGUGCCAGGGGUCGUCUGGGUGAAGGACGUCCAGGGAAGUUCACCCACCCCCGAGGAGCGCAAGAAGAAGGUCGGCAAGGCCAGCGAGUGGGCCGCCCAGGGUCUCCCCGUGAUUGUCUCGUGGCUGCCAGGGGUCGCCAUCUCCGACGGGGUGGACAGGCUCUUCGGGGCAGGCUGCUGGGAGAAGCUGCAGGAGGCAAAGUUUGACUUCCGGGGCGCCGUGAAGCUGACGGAGGCGGCCGAGCUCGACAGGCCCGAGUGGCUCCGUGGGCUGGCGGGCACCGCGCCCGGGCGUGAGCUGCUGGGGGCCAUCGAGGCCGUAGAGCACAGGGCCGACAAGCAGUUCUUCGAGAGGUGCAGCUUCGAGAACGCGGCAAGAGGCAACGCGAUCUACCAGCACCUGCGAGGCGGGGGCGGCACGCCGGCUGCGCAGGGGGCCGUGAGCUUCGGCGGCGGCGAGAGCGUGCUGCUGGAGUUCGCGACCCUGUACCUCUUCCCCGGGUCCGGCUUCGACGCCGACCAGGCCGCACUCCUUCCGCUCAGCCGCGGCAAGCCCGACGACCCUGCGCUUCCUGCGCACCGCGGUGGCGCCUUCGAGCCAGAGGGGCAGCAGUUCGAGGUGCCGCUCGGGCAGCCCGCCGCGUGCCGUCCCGCGGCAUCGGCGGGCCAGCCGCAGACGUUCAGCCUGGCGGCCGACGACUCCGACGACGAGGGGACGAUCAGCCCCUGCCCCGAGCAGGACGGCGAGGACGCGUGGCUGGAUGGCGCGGCCGCCAGUAGGCCCGCCGCCUCGGCGCCACUGGGAUCUCCAGCGCGCGAGGCGGAAGAGGCGGCUCGGAAAGUAGAGGAAGAGGCAGCAAUGGAGAUGAUGAUGGCCAAAACGCUGCGCGAAAAGGCAGAUGCGCACAGGCUCGCGCGCGAGGAGGCGGAGCGGCAGGCCCAGGAGGAGGCAGCCCGGAAGGCGCAGGAGGAGGCGGAGAGGCUCGCGCGCGAGGAGGCGGAGCGGCAGGCCCAGGAGGAGGCGGCCCGGAAGGCGCAGGAGGAGGCGGAGAGGCUCGCGCGCGAGGAGGCGGAGCGGCAGGCCCAGGAGGAGGCGGCCCGGAAGGCGCAGGAGGAGGCGGAGAGGCCUCGCGCGCUGAGGAGGCGGAGCG